AUGGGACUAUACAAACCAUCCAAGGACUCUGUGGACACGAAGGAGCCUUUUGCCAUCGCUUAUGGGACCGCCCAGAGCAACGGGACCGGGUCAGCAUUUAUCAACGGCACGCUCUACCGAGACACAGUGACCCUUGCCGGUCUCACGGUCGAAAACCAAACCCUCGGCGUUGCCAACGAGUCCCAGUCGUCGACGAACUACCCCCACGACGGCAUCAUCGGGUUCGGCGCCCAGCGCUUCGCCGCCAACAAUGCCACCUCUUGGUUCCACAACCUAUGCGCUAACGGCCUCGUGGAUGAGUGCCGGUUCGGGCUCGCGCUGAACGACGCCAAUUCUGGGUCGUUGGUCGUUGGCACCCUGGACAGCGGUCUAUUUGAUGGCGACUUGACCAAGACGCCGAUCGCCGAGGAAUGGUUCACGUACGGCGAUGUUGUCGUAGGAGGGCAGACACUGGAGAAGAAUGCGAUUGUUGAAUUCGACAGCGGCAGCACCACGAUCGUGGGGUAG